AUGAUCGAUGUCGCCAACUUUCUUCACAGAUUCAUCAUCGCCUGGAUGGACUAUGCAAUGGACCCCGCUGGUGCCAAGGAGAACAACUUCCUGCUUCGAGACCAGUUCAUGGAAAGCUGGAAGUCGAGCGAUUACGAUCUCAUCCACUUGCCAUCGCCACAGUCCCAUGUCGUCAGUAAGCUUGUUGCUGACCUGCAGAGGCGCGAGCUCAGCCCGAGGUGGAAGGCUCGACUGAGCAGCGGCGCUAUCAGUCUUAUGAACGAUCGCCGCCCAGGCAGGAUGUCAGAUGCGGAGUGGGAAAAAACACGGUCCAAAGCUAGCCAUCCUCUGUACGAUGAUUAUGUAGGAGUCCGGUAA